AUGGAGGAGGCUUAUAAGCAGUACGCGAACCAAGCGCGUCGGAAGAACCGCUCCAGCACGAACCUCAAUCACCUCUCCCUCGCUCCUUUCACCUCGAGGCUGCCCCUACAAGACGACGAUGCCCUCCCCGAACACCUGACCUCGCCACAUCACACCUCCUACCUGGAGGGCAAGUCCGCCCCAACGACGCCGGGCCUGUUGACCCGGUCACCCGCCCGCUCCAACUCCCACGCCCGUCGUGCCUCGCUACCGCACGCACACCUCCCCAAGAGCAAAUCAGCCACCCAUCUGACACCGUCCGCUGCCGACCGAAAAUCACACAACCGUCAGGUCGUCUCGGGCACCACGUCGCCGACGGUGCGCCGUCGAAAAGAUGAUUUGUCGGUCCGGGAUCGGAACGACAGCGAUUGGCUCCUCAGGACUGGCGCGCUCAUCAGCAAUGAGAACCGCGAAUCCAAGGGUCAGGCAUGGCUGGUGUCAAGGCAGAGCUCGACAAGCCUGACGGGUAUGCGAGAUGCCGAAGAGGAGGCUUUCGAGAGGGAAUUGGCUCGGGAGCGUGAGCUUACUAGUCGACGCAGCAGCCGGCGCGGCAGUCUCGCCGACCCGGACGGCGCCUACACGCAUUCCGCUCGGCCAAGUCGUCCUGGAAGCCGGUCAGCUAGCAGAGUCGGCACCCGGAGCCAAAUGUUGACGCCGAUGGAACGCCAUUCGCUGGAUGAGGGAUACUUCCCCCGCCACCACGAUGGUGAAGACUACAUUCCCGGCCCGGAUUUUGUCAACCUUGACGAGCAGCUCGAGUCAUUCGACUUUGACACUACCCAAGACGACGAGGCUGCCGUUAGGAAGCUAGUCAAGGAUGAGAGAGCUGGAGGUGCUUCCUGGGUCGGGAAUAUCCUGGGAUGGCCGUUGUUCGCUGUCGAGGAAAACGAGGAAGAGUCCGACGACGAAGAUGUUGACGGGGAGUUCGAGGGUGAGGCUGACGAGGAUGGGGCGCAUGGGCUCCACCGGUCGUGGUCAGCCCGGCAUUUUGAGGGUGUUAUCAGCGCUCCCGAGGAACGGAUUCCGCCCCCAAAAGCCAACGAGGGUGGCUGGCAGGACGCGGCGUGGCUGCUCAGUGUGGCUACCAAGGUUUUGCUAUGA